AUGACCUUUAUGGUUGACAUCGUGGACAUCUACGAGUCUAUCCGUGAAAGGCAGCGUCAUGACAGUGAAAGGUCUACCUGCAGCACCUUGGAGCAGAACGACAUUGAAGCCGUUGAAGCACUUGUUUGCAUGAGCUCCUGGGGUCAAAGAUCGCAGAAAGGUGACAUAUUAAAGAUAAGGCCACUCACACCCUUCUCGGAUUCUGGGGAUUUCACAAUGCCCACAGAGGCUGCGUCUGAAUUACCAAAGGACUACCUAUCGACACUGUGCAUGACCCCUCCGCACAGCCCUGACUUUGCUGAGAUAUCAGCAGCUACGCUCCUCUCCUCACAAGUCACUUAUUCCAAACCAAGGACUGUCAUGGCAAGUACUGCUGCCUGCUCUGUCACAUCAGCAACCAGUGCCUCUCCCAUAACCAAGCCAUCUGUUCUCAACAUGGAGCAACAGCGCAGUCAGAAGCCAGCGAUCUCUGUAUCCUCUGCCCCUCAGCCUUGCAGGGCCAUGGCAACAAGUGUCAUACGUCACACAGGUGAUAGUUCUGCUUACCCUCACAUUCCUGAUGUGCAAGACAAAGCAAAGGUAACUUCAGGCUACAGCACUUCCAGAGACUUGUGUGGGGUGGAUGACCGAAGACAUUCCAGACUGCCGCAGGACACGUGUGCUGCAGAUGAUUUUGUUAACAAAACCCCUCCAGUACAUCAGCCUUACGCACGUGACUCUGGUGAUAUUGUGACCAAUCAAGGGCAACUGCCAAAUUGUGAGAAUGACUUGCAAAAAAGAGCUACCCCAGUGACACCUGCGCCUGUUUCAAGCCCCCAGGUUCUCUGUCAAAUGAUCCCUUUCAAUGGACAAAGCAGUAUGAUCAAUGCCUAUGUCAAGCCUUCAACUCCAGCAGUCUCAACUCCCAUGAAACCCAUUUUACCGCAGACAGCCCCACUCUCUCAGCCUGUGCUCAUGGGACCUUCUGUGCCUCAGGGGACUGUCAUGCUGGUUCUCCCCCAGCCUGCUGUCACACAGGCACCGCAGUGCCCACAGGCUGUAAUGGCUGUCGGGAGCACCAAGUUACUGCCCCUUGCCCCUGCUCCUGUCUUCAUCGCUUCUGGUCAAACCUGUGCCCCCCAGAUGGACUUCUCUAGACGGAGGAAUUAUGUUUGCAACUUCUCCGGAUGCAAGAAAACCUAUUUCAAAAGUUCCCACCUCAAAGCCCACCUUCGCACCCACACUGGAGAAAAACCUUUCAGCUGCAACUGGGAAGGCUGUGACAAGAAGUUUGCCCGCUCAGAUGAACUGUCACGCCACCGCAGAACUCACACGGGAGAGAAGAAGUUUGCUUGUCCCGUGUGUGAGCGUCGCUUCAUGCGCAGUGAUCACUUGACAAAGCACACCCGCCGCCACAUGACCACGAAGAAGGUCCCCAGCUGGCAGACAGAGGUUGGCAAACUCAGCAGAAUUGCUACACCAGAGAAACCGAAAAGCAGCAGUGCUCUGAGUAUGCUCAUCCCCAUGCCAUCGCCUGUCUGUCAGGGCUAGAGUGAGGAAGUACCUUCUCUGCAAACGCUCUGAAGAUCAGGAAGAGCUCUGAUGGCUGCAACAGAACUGGCAAUG